AUGUUUUCUAUUUGUUAUGUGACGACGCCAACAAUGGAAGUGGCACGUGAGAUUUCACGAUAUCUCGUCUCUAACAAAACAGCGGCGUGUGUAAAUAUUAUUCCCACAGUGACCUCUGUAUUUCAAUGGGAAGGUAAACUAAAUGAGGAACAGGAAUGUCUUCUUUUAAUUAAAACUCAGACCGCUCUUGUGGAUCGUGUGAUUGCCGAAGUGAAGGCAAAACACCCGUAUGAAGUACCAGAGGUGAUUAGUGUACCCAUGGGACCAGGAAGCGAGAGUUAUCUCAAGUGGCUUACAGAGUGCACGACAACAAAGUAA